AUGGCUCAAAGGAGCAAAGGAUCCAUCCGCGGCCGCGUCCACGGAAUCAAAAGUCCACAAACCUCUCCAGGUGCAGUGUUCGGAAACAUCUUCGUCUUCAUCAAGGCUAGGUACCAAACAAGCGCCAACACUCUCAAGGAUGUCGUAACUCUUCUCGCCUGCCGUCCCGAUAUCCAAAAGGCGUUGCGAGCCGAUCUCGGCAAGACAAAAUCCUCGGUGACCGGCAAAGGCACCACCACCUUCAGCCCCACGCCCGGCUCACACGUAGCCUUCUCCGGUGGCCCCCGAGCUUGUAUGGGCAAGCGUUUCGCAAAGGCUCAAUUCUGCGCGGUGAGCGCGGCCCUUUUCAAGGACUACAGUGUGGAAUCAGCCAUUGAUGACGGCCAGGCUGCUGGAGGGCCCCCUGGUGAAGGAGUCCUGAUGUGUCUGAAGAUAAAAGGGAAAGGUACUAGUAUGCUUGGUCAAGCGAGCUGA